UGUUCACAUUUUUGUUGGAGAGAGGAAACAUCUCCUUUUAAUCCUGAAUAUUAUUUACAGAUUUGAAACUCCAAUAUUACAUUUUAUUUUUUUUUUGGUCCUGAACGAAGUAAUGAAUGCAUUCAGAGCACUUGAGAAUGGGUCGCUCUUGUCCAGUUACUCUGCUCCUGCCAGAUGGGAUCCCUUCCGUCGUCCCCUGGACUCCAUCCAGCCCUGGCAAUUCAGGCUUCUGGCAGCAGCAAUGUUGGUGGUGACCUCCCUGUCACUUGCUGAGAACCUGGCUGUAAUCCUGGUAACUUUUAAGUUCAAGCAAUUGAGACAACCUGUCAAUUAUAUGAUAGUCAAUUUGUCUGUGGCUGAUUUCCUGGUCUCACUGACUGGUGGUACCAUCAGCUUUUUAACAAAUCUAAAAGGUUAUUUUUUUAUGGGAUACUGGGCUUGCGUAUUGGAAGGAUUUGCUGUCACAUUUUUUGGCGUUGUGGCUCUCUGGUCUCUUGCUCUGCUGGCGCUGGAGCGGUGCGUUGUGAUCUGCCGCCCGCUGGGAAAUGCGCGCUUGAGGGGGAGGCACGCAGCUCUAGGUGUUGUCUUUGUGUGGAGCUUUUCCUUCAUUUGGACCAUUCCACCAGCAACUGGUUGGAGCAGUUACACCACCAGUAAGAUUGGAACUACUUGUGAGCCUAACUGGUACUCAGGAGCUUAUGGUGACCGUACAUACAUCAUUACAUUCUUCAUCACCUGUUUUAUAGUACCUUUAUUUGUGAUUUUGGUAUCCUAUGGAAAAUUGAUGUGGAAGCUAAAAAAGGUGUCAGAUGCACAAGGCAGGCUGGGAACUACCAGGAGACCUGAAAGACAAGUGACUAGAAUGGUUGUUUUUAUGAUCAUUGCCUUUCUGAUCUGCUGGAUGCCAUACGCUACCUUUUCUAUCCUAGUCACUGCAUACCCCUCCAUUGAGCUGGAUCCUUGUCUGGCAGCAAUUCCAGCUUUCUUCUCCAAAACGGCUACGGUUUAUAAUCCAGUUAUUUAUGUCUUUAUGAACAAACAGUUCAGGCAGUGUCUGAUUCAAAUGAUCAGUUGCAGUGCCAUAGGAACUGCAGAGUCCAACAUGAACCUGACUUCAGAGAGAGCUGUGCUCCCCCAGGACAGACGAGGCAGCGAGAUGUUCCCCAUGGCAGUUCGUGACACCAUCUCUAAGAGGAAAGAUGGAGAUGAACACAGAGCCGACAAUCUUUGGCUCUGUUGACAACUUCAGAAAACAAAAUGUGUCCCAUGUAGAGUGGGAGAUGGGAUCAUUAAUGUAAUGCUACAGUGUCUUUCAUUGUUACAAUCAGCUAACAUACAGAUAUGUGGUCAUUGGGGUCAUUAUGGUCCUGUGGACAUGAUCUUUUGAGAUGCCAGGCUCCUCAGGGUGUGUAAGAGUUUCUUGGCUCUACGGUCAAACACCCAGCCAUGAGCUGAGUCCCUUCCUGCAUUCCUCUUCUCAAGCCACAAUCAGCAUGCAGUAGGUAGUGGCACCACACUGCUGUGUGUCUUUCUCCCUCCAGUCCUUAAGUCCUUGUUUUGGGUUG